UCGGAGUGUUGUUAUAUUGUAUUGGUCAGCUCUGACCAGCCCAAAAUGCUUCACAGAUUGUUGCCACAGGGGGCACUUUCCACUGACAUCCUUCUCGUUGAAAGAAUGACGUAGCUAAUUCCGUGCAGUUGUGCAUCAUGCCGAGGACGCGCGGGGUCAAGGCAGCGCUCCUGUGUUGGACUCUCCGCUCAGUUAAAAUUGCUUGGAGACCGACAGAAACAGUUUCACAAAUCGAUGUGUGUGCCACAAAUCUGGUCUCGUACCUGCAGCGAAUUCAUCUUACUGACACAUGUGAGCAAAGAAUACAGGAAUAAUCGAGGGAGACGCGUUGGUUUCUGGCUCGUUAAGUUGUUGUUUUUUUUACAGCGAGUGAAAAUCACUGCUGGUUACGACAUGUCGGGGAAAAUAGAGAGUAAGCAAGACUCGCAGCGCUCCCACCUCUCCUCCUUCACCAUGAAGCUGAUGGACAAGUUCCAUUCGCCCAAGGUCAAGAGGACGCCAUCGAAGAAGGGCAAGCAGUUGCAGGUCGAACCAGUGGUCAAGAACCAAGAGAAACCCGUCAACAAGAAGGUGAGUCGGCUGGAGGAGCAGGAGAAGGAGGUAGUGAGCGCGCUGCGCUACUUCAAGACCAUCGUGGACAAGAUGGUGGUGGAGAAGAAGGUGCUGGAGAUGCUGCCUGGCUCGGCCAGCAAGGUGCUGGAGGCCAUUCUACCUCUGGUGCAGGUGGAGGCCCGGAUAACACACAGUUCGGCUGUGUCGUCGUGUCACAACCGGGUGUACCAGAGCCUUGCCAACCUGAUCCGCUGGUCCGACCACGUCAUGCUGGACGGCAUCGACCUGGAUGACAAGGACAACGUGGUCACGGUCACCACAGUCAUCAAGGCCGUCCUGGAUGGGGUCAAGGAGCUGGUCAAACUCACCAUAGAGAAACAGGAGCAACCCUCCCCCACCACACCCAACAAACCCCCACCACCGCCUGUCACUACACCAGAGAGCAGGUCAGAGUUGCCACUGACAGAACGGGAGAGGGAGAUCCUGAGUAAGACCCCGCCCACCGAGGCUGUGACGGACAUGGCAGAGGAGGACAUAGCUCCGCCCAAACCCCCCCUCCCUGGCCUGAAGAUGGAUGCGCUCAGUCUUCCUCCAGCUUUGCCCCCAAAGAAGCGUCAGUCGGCCUCGUCGCCCACCCGGGUGGCAGUGGUGGCCCCCAUGAACCGCGGCUCCAGCCUGCCCUGCAGCGUCCACAGACAGCAGCAGGACUAUGAGCAGGAGUUCCUCCAGAGGCGUUUCUCAGGGGGCAGCCAGUCGUACGGGUGCGACUCUCCGCGCCUCUCGCCCUACAGCAGCAUGGGGAAGCUCAGCAGGUCUGAAGAGCAGCUCUGCUCCAUGGAACAGGACAGUGGACAGUGCUCCAGAAAUACUAGCUGUGAGACACUGGACAACACAGAGAGUUACGACCCCGACUAUGACUUUCUCCACCAGGACCUCGCUGUCUUCAUGGGGGACACCCACCUGCCCUCCACCGCCACCCCCUCAGGGGUCAUGUCCCUGUCCCCCCUCCCCGAGUCCCACAGUGAGUGCUCCUCCCCCGUCCCUCCUCACCCCCGGUUCAGGUCACCACCCGCCCCCCACCACCAACAACCCCACCCACCCCAGUCUGAGUACUGGACCCCUCAGCCCGGUUCCCACAUCAUCCCCUUACAACCAUCCCGCAUCAGUGCUCCUCCAGCAUUACCCCAGAAGAAGCGGCGCAGCUCCCAGGUUUCGCCCUAUCAGGACGGGUGUGGCUCCUCGGGGGGCCCCCUCAACGAGAGGUCCCCUUCCCAAUACAAUAACCUGUCGGAGGAGGAGCUGCUGCACCCCACGCCCCCCUUCCCCCUCUUCACGCCCAACUCGCCCAUGCCCCAGAGCAACGGGGGGGUGUUCGUGGCCCAGUACCUGGCUAGCGAGAACGCCGACCUGCCCUCUAGUCCACCUCCACUGCCUGAGAAGAGGAACAAGCACGUCCUGGCGUACAUGCAGUUUGUGGAGGACUACUCAGAGCCCCAGCCCUCAGUGUUCUACCAGACCCCACAGAAUGAGAGCAUCUAUGAGCAGAGGAACAAACGCUUCCAGGACGUCUACGGCCUCAACGACUCCUUCAGUAGCACCGACUCGGUCCACGAGCCCCUUCCCAUACCCCUCUUCCCGCCCCCCGCCCUGCCCCCCAAGCAGAGGCAGCUGAGCGCCGACGAGGGUGGCGAGGGCGAGUAUGUCAACCUGUACUCAUCCAGCCAGGCCAAUGGGGAGCUGGAGCUGCCUCCCUGCCUCAGACCAAUCGCUGCUGACGAUGUCAUUCAAGACCCCGCCCCACAAAUGCACUCCUCCAAUAGCAAGAAGGCUCUGGACAAGGACAGCAGGAGGCAGAAGUCUACAGACUCGGUCCAGAGCGAUGAGGAGGAAGUGGAUGAGCUCUCUCUCAUCGACCACAAGGAGAUCAUGUCCCGGAUAACACUCAAACAGGAGAAUGACGAUGGUCCUGAUGUGCGUGCUGGAUCAAGGGAUAUUCUGUUAGUCCACGCCACAGAGACAGACCGCAAAGAUCUGGUGUUGUACUGUGAGGUCUUCCUGACCACAUACAGGACCUUUAUCAGCCCAGAGGACCUCAUUAAGAAGCUCCACUACAGAUACACCAGGUUCUGUCACAGUCCAGACACGUUUAAGAAGCGGGUCAGCAAGAACACCUUCUUUGUGCUCGUUAGACUGGUGGACGAACUGUGUCUGGUGGAGUUAACAGAGGACAUCCUGAAGCAGCUGAUGGACCUGGUGUUCAGGCUGGUGUGUAACGGCGAGCUGAGUCUGGCCCGCGUGCUCCGCAAGAACAUCCUGGACAAGGUGGAGCAGAAGAAGCUGCUGCGCUGCACCAACUCGCUCAAGCCGCUGGCCGCCCGGGGCGUGUCCGCCAGGCCCGGAACGCUGCAUGACUUCCGCAGCCAUGAAAUCGCCGAUCAGCUCACGCUCCUGGAUGCAGAACUUUUCUACAACAUCGAGAUUCCUGAGGUGUUGCUUUGGGCCAAGGAACAGAACGAGGAAAAGAGUCCCAAUCUGACUCAGUUCACAGAGCACUUUAACAAUAUGAGCUACUGGGUGCGCUCUCUAAUCAUUCAGCAGGAGAAAGGCCAGGACAGAGAGAAGCUGCUCCUCAAGUUCAUUAAGAUCAUGAAGCACUUAAGAAAGUUGAACAAUUUCAACUCGUACUUGGCAAUACUGUCUGCCCUGGACUCAGCCCCCAUCCGCAGACUGGAGUGGCAGAAACAGACAUCAGAGGGAUUGGAGGAAUACUGCACUUUGAUUGACAGCUCGUCGUCUUUCCGAGCGUACCGGGCGGCUCUGGCCGACGUGGAGCCUCCAUGCAUCCCAUACCUCGGUCUAAUCCUGCAGGACCUGACCUUCGUCCACCUGGGGAACCCUGAUCUCAUCGAUGGGAAGGUCAACUUCUCUAAGCGCUGGCAGCAGUUCAACAUCCUGGACAGCAUGAGGCGCUUCCAGCAAAUGCAUUAUGAGCUGAAGCGCAAUGACGACAUUGUGUGCUUCUUCAACGACUUCAGCGACCACCUGGCCGAGGAGGCGCUGUGGGAGCUCUCGCUGAAGAUCAAGCCUCGAAACAUCACCCGGAGGCGGACAGAGCGUGAAGAGAAGACCUAGGGGAUGUAGGGGCACGGCGUGGUGCCCAAACCCGGGACCAGGUCCCGCUGAGGGACCUCCACUGUGCUACAGACACUAACUCCACUUUACUAUGGACGGACAGACGGACGGGAUAGAUGGAUGGACACAAUCAGUUGGACCUAACUAACAUGGGAAGAGUGACUGACUAGGGCCGGACCAGAGCACAUACAGUAGGCUAGUAGGGAGGAAAAGACUGGUUUAAAAUGACUCUGCACUGCUCUGCUACACUGGGAUAUUAUGGGGGGUUUUAUGAUUGACAUGGGAUUCUCUCCACCCUGAACUGCUGUUGGCAGGGGAGAAACUCCUAGCCAAUGGGAGGAGAGGAGAAAGACUUGUAUAAAGGAUGUUAUGUAAGGAGGAUGUGGAGAUACCGCUCACUGUCCUCUCCCAUUUUAGUGUGUAAGUGUGAGGUGAAAGCUCCUCUACACCCUGAUACCAACACCCUAUUCCCUUCUCUUCCUCCCUACAUAGUGUGUGCCACCAUUGGGUCAGCCCCUACUGCCCCCUUCCCCUGACUUAACUUCCCUCCAACAUUGAAGGAAGAUAAAGUUCCUUGUAUCCAUGGAAUCCUCAGUAUUCUGGACUGCAGUCUAGGGAAUGGGAAUCUGAGGGUUGGUAGAGGUGGACUGGACUUGUAGCAAGAGUGUAUUUUUGUUAUUAUUAAUCAUGUGUGGUUGUGAUGUAUUAUACAGUGCUCCUUUUGUUCUUAAAAAGGAUGUUUAUUAUGCUAUUAAGAGAAGUGCUUAGCUUCUACCCAAGUGCCAUAAUAAUGUGCACUCUAAAAAGCAACGCAACAAAAAAAAGACCCAAAAAGUGACUAAAGAUGCUGUGAUCUAUGUACGUCAUAGUCAAUCAUUGUGUGCCAUGUUUGAGUGAGAGAACUGCCAGGCAAUCAGAAGUGUGUGUGUGUGUGUGUGUGUGUGUGUGUGUGUGUGUGUGUGUGUGUGUGUGUGUGUGUGUGUGUGUGUGAUCUGUGUUUGUCUGUCCAUUGUGUGCUGUAGUUCUUCAUUCUGAUUCCUUUGGAAUAAUCCUGUCAUCCUCAUCACACUAUGCAAUAAAACUGCUCAGUUUCUAUA